AUGAAGGCUGUCUCGAUUCUUAUUCCUUUCCUCGCUACCUCGGCUAGUUCUCUUCCAACUGUUCUCCCUCCAAGCGCCGGCGGUGUCGCCGUAGUGGAAGAAAACAACAAAGGGCCCGAAUACUCGCGAAACGAAAAUGAUCGACGACAGAUCGAGAUCAUUUGUCCUGGUUAUCGAGGCUGCAACCGCAAGGGAUCCGUCGGUGAUGCCCCCAAAAUCGAGCGCGAGAUUGAACACGGAGCUCUCAUCGAGGGAUCCGACAUCACCGCCUCCAGCAUACUCCAGUAA